GAAAAACUUAAAUCGUCGGGUAAAAAUAUCGACUUUUUAUACAAAGAGCACCUCUACAAGAUUAUUGGACAGUAUAAAUAUCAAUAAUCUAGCUAGAGGUGAGUUUUGUUCUUACUUGCAGUUCUCGAAAACUAUUUGUUAUAUAUCAAUGGAGCCUCACAGAAAACAUAAGGUCGUCGGCACAACCCUCCACACGUGUCAUCCCUGCCGGCGCACCAUUCCAUACAGAAUCUACGCCGUAGUUCAUAUGUGUGGCAUCAUAGCCCUCAUGUACCAUCAUGUACACUCACUUCUCACAGCAAACGCACCUAUAAUAGUAACAUGUCUUCUUCUCUUCUCCGAUAUUGUUCUUUCUUUUAUGUGGGCAAGCACAACAUCCCACCGGUUAAACCCGGUUCACCGGACCGAGUACCCUGAAAACUUUGCAUCUAAACCGGAGGACUUUCCGAAGCUAGACGUGUUCAUAUGCACGGCUGAUCCGUACAAGGAGCCUCCCAUGAUGGUGGUCAAUACCGUCUUAUCGGUGAUGGCCUACGAUUAUCCCUCCGAUAAGAUCUCAGUCUACGUAUCGGACGAUGGAGGAUCGUCGUUAACGUUGUUUGCUCUUAUGGAGGCUGCUGAGUUCUCUAAGCAUUGGUUGCCCUUUUGCAAGAAUAACAAUGUUCAAGAUAGGUCCCCUGAAGUUUAUUUCUCAUCAUCAAAUUCACAUUCGUGGACUAAGGAAGCUGAAAUUAUUAAGCUGAUGUACGCAGACAUGAAGGGCAGAGUAGAACACGUGGUGGCCAAUGGGAACGUUGAGACUGCGUUGAUCACAUGUGAUAACCUUCGUGGAGUAUUCGAUUCGUGGAACUACAAAUUCAGUCGUCAUGAUCACCCCACAAUUAUUCAGUUCGAAUUAACUCGAGGACAGGUGUUGCAAAAUAGCGAGACGGAUAUGGACAAUACUGAAAAACAUAUGAUGCCAAACCUAAUCUAUGUUUCAAGAGAGAAGAGGAAAGUCUCACCACAUCAUUUUAAAGCCGGUGCUCUUAAUACUUUGAUAAGAGUAUCAGGGGUGAUGACAAAUUCACCGAUUCUAUUAACCCUCGACUGUGAUAUGUAUUCAAACGAUCCAGCAACACCGGUUCGUUCUUUGUGCUAUUUAACAGAUCCUAAAAUCAAAUCCCGUUUAGGUUACGUGCAGUUUCCUCAGAAAUUUAUAGGAAUCAGCAAAAAUGAUAUAUAUGCAUGUGAGUCUAAACGUCUCUUCAAUAUUAAUAUGGUCGGGCUUGAUGGUCUAAUGGGUCCGAGUCAUGUGGGAACUGGUUGUUUUUUCAACCGACGGGCUUUCUUUGGUCCUCCUUCCAAGUUGAUUUUACCAGAGAUUGAUGAACUAAGCCCCUAUCGGAUUGCCGAUAAGUCCAUCGAAGCACAAGAUGUUUUGGCAUUAACACACAAUGUAGCAGGAUGCAUCUAUGAGUACAACACCAAUUGGGGAUCCAAGAUUGGAUUCAGAUAUGGGUCAUUAGUAGAAGACUACUACACAGGAUUUAUGCUCCAUUGUGAAGGAUGGAGAUCAAUAUUUUGCAGCCCUAAAAAAGCUGCAUUUUAUGGAGACUCUCCAAAAUGCCUAACUGAUGUAGUGGGACAACAAAAGCGAUGGGCCGUUGGGCUUCUUGAAAUGUCGCUUUCGAAGUAUAGUCCAAUUUUCUAUGGACUCAAGUUACUGGGGCUGUUAAUGGGCUUAGGCUAUUGCAACUCUACGUUUCGGCCGUUUUGGUCAAUUCCUCUGACCGUCUAUGGACUUUUACCCCAACUUGCACUCAUCUAUGGAGUUAGCGUCUUCCCCAAGGUAUCAGAUCCGUGGUUUUGGCUUUACAUCUUCUUAUUCUUUGGUGCGUAUGCGCAAGAUCUCUCGGACUUUUUAUUGGAAGGAGGAACUUAUCGGAAAUGGUGGAACGAUCAAAGAAUGUUAAUGAUAAAAGGACUCUCUUCAUACUUCUUUGGUUUUAUAGAGUUCACUCUCAAAACCCUAAACCUCAGCACACCUAAGUUCAACGUCACCAGUAAAGCCAACAACGAUGACGAACAGAGAAAGCGGUACGAGCGAGAAAUCUUUGAUUUUGGAAUUUCUUCGUCCAUAUUCUUUCCCUUGACUACGGUUGCCAUCGUAAACCUGGUUGCUUUUGUCUGUGGGCUUUAUGGUGUUUUCCUAUGCGGAGAAGGACUCGUCCUUGAGCUGAUGCUGGCAAGCUUCGCGGUGGUGAAUUGCUUGCCGAUCUAUGAGGCUAUGGUGUUCAGGAUAUGAUGGCAAAAAAACUACCAUAAAGGAUUUGUUUCAGAGCUAGGAUCCUCAAUUUGUUCUUACUGUGUCAAGUUACUUCACCCGUUAGGAUCAAAUUUACAACAGUAAUACAUCUGGCUCAAUCAGAAGCUAGAGAAAAUAAUGUGAUGAACCUGUGUAACCAAUAAUGUACUGUGAUGGAAUACAUUUUUCAUCUCUUGAACCAACAAAAUUAGAUUUACAAUU